AUGGAAAGGGAUGUUGCCUGUGAACUGUGGAGAAAAGCUCCUCAAUCUGGAGUCAAAUUUUCAAUUUAUGCGGGGGAUGAUGACCCAACAACCCUUGCAGACAUUAAGAACAAAGUCCGUUAUGGUGUUGAGAAAUGGUCCGAUGUUGUUCACGCCAAGAGAUCUCUUAAUACUAGACUAUACAAUCUUAGAGACCGCUUCAAAGGAUCAAAUUGCUCAAUUCUCAGUCCAAAGGUUAUAAAUUACAUAACCGAGUGCUUAAGUUUUUGUGUCAGCCAAAAUGUGGGAGAUCCUGAAUCUUUAAAGCAAGGUCUCAAAAACAUUAUUCCCCAUGCCUUUGGGGAGCAUACUUGUUGCAAUGUUUCAUGAUGUGGUUUCAAGAAAAAUCCUGUUUCCUACAAACAUACAUACUUGCCAAAUGGCAAAGAUCUCUUUGGAGAUUCCCUAAAAAAAAAGCCCUAAGUAACAUUCUGGAUGUAUAUUCCUCUGACACUGUAGUGAAUAAACUGACCCCAUGUGCUAAUUCACAGAGAAAUGAAAGUCUUAAUAGCACCAUUGGUUCUAAGAACCCCAAUACUCGUUUUUAUGAAGGCAGUGAAAGUAAUGAUUUUCGAGUAGCAUGUGGGGUGGCACAAACCAAUAUUGGAACAACUACAUUGGAAAAACAUUAGAGAUUCUUAAUUUUGAGUCUGAUUCUCUUCAUGAAAGACAUGCUAAAACAAUGGACAAGAAGGUUUUUUUGUGACAAACAAGGAAAAAAGAAAAAAAGAAAUUCAAGAGAAGGCCUGACCAGUUAUCUAAAUGAAAAACCUCGCAAACACUCAGGAGGGAAGUCAGUGAAGGGGUCACCCAUGAGUCUUCAGUAGGUCUAAAUUUGGAUCCAACAAAUCAUCAAACAGUGUCACAAAAUGCAUUUGAAAUGCCUGCAAAAAUAUCACUAACUAAGCUAAAAGGAUACGAAGAGAUAACACCACCCUACACUAUAAGGCCAACAAUUGUGCACUUACAAUAUGAUUCAAAACAGAAAUAUCAAUUUGUUAUCUUUGACACAGAAACGACUUGCACAGGGAAGCUAAAGUCAAGUCUUCUGAGCGACGUGAAAAUCAAAUCACUGUUUUAAUUGGUCAUAAUUCUGCGACGUUCGAUGUCCCUAUUCUCCUAAGAAAUAGUAAUAAAAACUUCAAGGAUGGCAUUACUAACAUGAAUGUCUACUUUGCGGAUAGUCUACACCUGUUGAAAAAACUGAUUUAAAAAAAACUCAAAGCACUUGAGCUCGAUUCUGGUGGAUACUGCAAACCAAACCAAAACAGCAUUUAUAUCCAUUUGUUCAAGGAACAAUUUGACGCCCAUGAUGCUUUAGAAGAUGUCAGGGCGCUGAGAAAAAUUCUUUUUGAAUCGUCAUUAAACCUCCCCAGGAAAAACAUCGUUGAGAAUUCUAGUGUCAUCAGUGCUCCCCACGCAGUGGCAAACAUGCUCUACCUAGAUCAACGCCACGAACUUCCUCUAACAUUCAGUGACAACUUGGUCAACGUAACCGACACCGGACCAAUUAAAAGAUCAAUGGCACAAAACAUCGUUGACAGUGGUCUCUCUUACGAUGACCUUCAAAAACUGUACACAAGGUUUGGUAAAAGAGGACUAGUCGCCAUAUCGUCUAAUCCACCAACAACUUCAUCGGCGAAGAUACCACGAGUCACACGGACGAAGAGGAUAUUGGCCACCAUAGUUAAACACUUCGAAGAAACCAGCAACGAAGAAUAA